AUGACCACUGUACGGGGCGUGGAUGUUUAUCACAGGAGCACGUUGACUCGCUUAAUAGGAGAAUUAAGAAGGCCAUUUAUUGCUGUCAUGUCAGCUUUUUCCCCUGAAGAGGUUUUACUCAAACUCACCACAAUAUCCCUAAAAACCUGCUCAUUUUGUAAUUUUUUGACUAGCAAAAGGUGCCUUUGGUUCUCUUCCAAUCCUUUGUCUUCUUUACCUCUGUCUGCACAGGAGCGUGGUCUGCUGCAGCUUCAAGAAGGAGCAUCCUCAUACAGCUUUAGGUCGGUGCUGUGUACCAUGCUGUUGCUUUGCUAUCAUACUUUCAUGACCUUUGUGUUAGGGACAGGAAAAGGAAAUGUUGAGGAGGCAGAAAGGCUACUUAAACCUUACUUGGCUCGCUAUCCAAAGGGAGCCAUAUUCCUGUUUUUUGCAGGCAGGAUAGAAACACUGAAGGGUAAUAUUGAUGCGGCAGUUAAUAGGUAUGAAGAGUGCUGUGAGGCUCAGCAAUACUGGAAGCAGUUUCAUCACAUGUGUUACUGGGAGCUCAUGUGGUGCUUCACCUACAAGCGCCAGUGGAAGAUGGCCUUCUUUUAUGCAGAUCUGCUAAGCAAAGAAAACACCUGGUCAAAGGCUACCUAUAUUUACAUGAAAGCUGCUUAUCUCAGCAUGUUUGGACCAGAUGACUGCAGUCCUUUUGGAGACAACGAAGUUGAAUUAUUUAGAAUUGUUCCCAGCUUGAAACUGAAAAUCGCAGGGAAAUCACUGCCUACAGAAAAGUUUGCCAUUCGGAAAGCUAGACGGUAUCUUUCUUCAAACCCCGUUCCUUUACCUGUUCCACCUUUGGAGAUGAUGUAUAUUUGGAAUGGCUAUGCUGUAAUUGGACAAUGUCCCAAUUUAACAGAAGGCAUGUUAGAGACUUUAAUUGAAGCAGAAGAAGCAUUGGCAAGAAGUUCAGCUACAGAACUGCUAGCAGAUGACCAGUGUGUGAUAAAACUGUUAAAGGGUUUAUGCCUCAAGCAUUUGGGCAAGAUCUCAGAGGCAGAAGGCCAUUUUAAUUACAUCUACUUAAAUGAGAAGAAGAUAAAAUACGACCAUUAUCUAAUUCCAAAUGCCUUGCUGGAGCUUGCAUUGCUGUAUCUGGACCAGGACAGAAGAGAAGAAGCAAUAAAACUACUAGAAAAAGCAAAACAAAACUACAAGAAUUACUCCAUGGAAACAAGAACACAUUUCAGAAUUCAAGCUGCCCUGCAUCAAGCCAAAUCCACCCCAGAAAAUGGAAUGCACUCCGGAGCCUCGGCGGUGUCGUAACUUUCCCUUCUUUGAUGUCCUGUUUGUGGCAGACUUUGGUGCAGACAAUUACUGACACUUCAGAAUUAUUUUUCCUUCUCUUUCAAGUCAGUGAGAAAUCAAGUCAUUCUAAAUUUUAGAGAUGAUACAUAAAACAUUAAUGUAAUAACAGGGCAAAAACUCUCAAACCAACCAUAAUGCAUAAAACAUUUGUUUUUCCAACAGUCACUUUUCAAACACUUACAUUUGUGUAGCUCUCCUCUCAAUCGUGUGCCUUUUCUUGCUUGUGUUUGCAACAUCUGCUAAGCAGGAUACAACACCAAGUGCAACAACUGGAAAAACCCUACACCUUUCGGGGUUCACAGAAUUAAUCAGUUGGCUUUAAGCACUCAUCUGGAUUCAUAUUGCUAGCAGUUGAGAACAAAGCAUUGCUUUUUCCAAAUAUUUGCUUACUUGAAAUGGUGUGAGAACAGUGCACAAGCAGCACAGCAAGGAGGAGCUCCGAAUUCUGGGCAUUUUCAGUUAUGCAUAGAAUGUCUUUUCUGUAGCUUUUAGUGGUUACUUUUUUGCUGCUAUAAGAAACUUAGUGGUGGAAAAAAGCCAUGCAAGUUCCUUGAUUUUCUUCAGUCUUGUCUUCAUGUCAAGUCUGCUGCUUGUCGUGGCUGAAUGAUUUAUGGGGGGUUGAGGGUGGAGAAAAAGAUGGUGGCAAGAUAAAGCUGCAUCACUGCUUUGAAAAGUUAAAGAAUGAGUGGACUUUAUGAAACAGUUCUGUCAUCAGAACAAAUGUAAUUUAAAGUUUUUAUUGUAUUUAAAGCACAAGUCCUUGAAGGUCACUUAAGAAACAGCAAUAUUCCACUGGCUGCAGAGCAGUGUGCAGUCACUGUGACAGUCACAUCCUCCUUACAGUGGUUGUUGAUGGGUUUGCCUGCUUGAGAUGCCUAUGUUUGAAGAGAUGCAUGGCAAUGUUUCCUGUGGUAAGGAGCUCAAGUUGGAGCAGGCUCUUCUGGCACAGUGCUCUGCCCUUCAUAAAAGAGAGCAAUUUUCCUUUUUGCUUUUUCUUGAUGUUCUUUGAGAAUCGUGAGGAAAGAGGUGUGCUGAGAACAGAGUAAAGGGCUAUAGCUCCAUUCUGAUGCUGUCUGCCCUAUCACUGCUGCUUUUCUGCAGAACUGCUGCAGUCAGAGGUAACACAUUUUCACAGUACUUAAUGUUCUCCAAGCCAGCUCCGUGCUUGUACACCUGUGUUUAUUGAGGACACACUUCUACCUCCCUUUUGAGAGAGAUUCUUCCCAGUAACCCGUUCUGAUGUGUGGAGAUGGGAGGUUUUCUGAUGGCCCUUUUUCUCCAAUGGAGAUGCUUGUCAGGGAGAUUCGUAUAGAAGUACCUCAUGGUGAAUAUUCUUGCUAAAGUGAUUGUUCCUAGCAAAAGAGAAGAUUGACAGUUUAUAGCUCUGCUUUUACCUCUCCUAAGGAAAUGUCAUUGUUUUAUAAUGCAAAUUAAUAUGCAGGGAGACAGAACCACCUGUUCCUCAGCACUGAGAACUUGCAUUGUAUUAAAAAUAGACAUCCUUUAUAAAAGUCUUCUCCAGUUAAAAUUAUAGAUGAAAAAUUCAUUUUUUAAAGUGAUUUUCUCGUAUAAAUUCAGUUCAGGUAAAUUUCUCAAUUCAGAUACAACUCAGUAUGAACAGUUAACGCUAUUUACAUAUUGCACAUCAAAAUUUAAGUGUAAAAACUCAGUCAUUCUUUGUAUAGAAUAAAAAAGAUUCUUGUUCUAU